AACAGAAGUAAGCUGGACAUCUGGAGCCACUUCUCAGGAUCCAGGAGACCAGAGGUUUUAGUUGAACAUCCUCUGAACCAUGAGGUUCCUAUUGCUCCUGGUUGCCAGCGCGGCCUGCAUGGGGAAUGUUGAUGCUCAGGACAUGUGUAGGCAGGGGAACCCUGGUGUCCCCGGGACUCCUGGUCACAAUGGUUUACCUGGACGAGAUGGACGAGAUGGAGCAAAGGGUGACAAAGGGGAUGCAGGAGAACCAGGAAAUCCUGGUGGUCCGGGCAAGGAUGGACUGAAUGGAGAGAAAGGAGAACGAGGAGCAGAUGGAUAUGUGGAAGCAAAAGGCCUCAAAGGUGAACCAGGAGCAAGAGGACCCCCAGGGAAACAUGGGCCAAAGGGCUUUGUGGGACCAGUGGGAGACAAAGGGCUCAAAGGACAGAUAGGCCCUCAGGGGCUGAAGGGGGAGAAAGGGGAUGUAGGACCUUUGGGGCCAACAGGAUUCAAGGGAGACAUUGGACCUUCAGGCCCAGAGGGCCUACCUGGCCCCAUGGGUCCUAUAGGAAAACCAGGUCCCAGGGGGGAAACUGGGCCCCUGGGACCACAGGGGGAGCCAGGAGUGCGAGGGAUGAGAGGCUGGAAAGGAGAAAGAGGGGAAAAGGGGAGAAUUGGGGAGACUCCAGCAUUGCCCAAAAGUGCCUUCACAGUGGGGCUCACAGUGCUGAGCAAGUUCCCGCCGUCAGAUGCUCCCAUCAAGUUCGACCGAAUCCUGUACAACGAGUUCAACCAUUACGACAUGGCCACGGGAAAGUUCACAUUGCACAUAGCUGGUGUCUAUUACUUCACCUACCACAUUACCGUCUUCUCCAGGAAUGUCCAAGUGUCUCUGGUCAAGAACGGGGCCAAAAUCCUGCAUCUAAGGAUGGUUUACAUGAGCUCAGAGGACCAGGCAUCUGGGGGCAUUGUGGUGCACGCUGUAACUUGGGGAUAUGAGGUAUGGAUGCAAGUGACAGGAGGGGAGAGAUUUAACGGGCUGUUCGCGGAUGAAGACGAUGACACAACUUUCACAGGCUUCCUUCUUUUUGGCAGCUGA